CUACUUGAUACAGAUUCUCCAGCAAGAUGGGGUCGUGGUUGGUUCUUGCUUUGUCUUGCAUAUUUUUCAUCCUAGUUGAAUCUGGUAAGAUAUGCGAAAAAGAUGUGGUUGUUUCUACGAGUACAGGGUCGGUCAAGGGUUGUUACACCGCAGAGAGGACGUUUGGUAAAAGGAAGCCCUUGUAUUGGUUCCGCAGCAUUCCUUUCGCAGAACCCCCUGUAGGAGAUUUGAGAUUCGCGCCUCCACAACCCAAGAAAAACUGGACCGGUGUAAUCGAUGUCAGCGAAAAGAUGUCUGAAUGCGUCCAAGGCAGUGAUCCUGUUACUGGAAGCGAAGACUGCUUGUACCUGAAAGUCUACACCACCAAGGCUCCUAAACGGACCAACAAUCUCCCAGUGAUGGUUUGGAUCUAUGGAGGAGCCUUUCUUGGCGGGUCAGCUGACUUCAGUGACCAUGCCCCUGAUCAUCUCUUGGACGAAGAUGUCAUCGUUGUGUCGUUCCACUACAGGGUAGGCGUCUUUGGAUUUUUGUCUACCGGGGACUCGGUCGUGCCAGGAAACAACGGGAUCAAGGACCAGAUCCUGGCUCUCAAAUGGAUCAAAGCAAAUAUCAGGAAUUUCGGUGGGGAUCCAGAAAAGAUUACUGUUUUUGGUCAGAGUGCUGGGGCUGCCGCUAUUUCCUAUUUGUUGCAGACCAAUGAGACGAAAGGUCUCUUCCAAAAAGCCAUCAUCCAGUCUGGUUCUUCUCUGAGCUCCUGGGCAUUGUCGAGGUCUGCACCUGCUCUAGUCAGUUCUAUUGCUGGUGCCUUGGAAAUACCUGGAAAAUCUUCUGAGGAAAUGGUCCAGGGACUCAGAAGCGUUAGCGCCGAAUUGUUGCAAAGCACUGCCAGCUCAGAAAUGACGAAGCAACUUGUGUCUAGCAAUCCACUGAAUGGUUUAGUGUAUGGACCUGUUAUAGAACCAGAUCUACCUGGUGCUGUCAUAACAGGAAAAUCUCAUGAGCUGUUAUCGGAAGGAAAAUUCCACGAUAUUCCUCUCAUGGUUGGAUACACAUCCUUGGAAGCUAUGUUUGGCUCAAUAUCAGCUCUGAUAAGAGUCUGGCUGGCCAAAUACGAUACAAAUCCCACACUUCUGGUACCUCCAAGUAUGAAUACAGGAAGCGUGACGAAGAGUCUCAUUGCACCAUCAUUGAAAAGGAAGUAUUUUGGAUUGAUACCCAUCGCAAUAUCUAGCAAAAAAACUAUGCGGUUCGUCAGUGAUGACCAAUUUGAGAGACCGAUUCAAGAAGCGAUCAGAUUGUACUCGGCAAAAUCCAAAGUAUACUUCUACAGAUUCUCAUACCAAGGAGGUCUAUAUGGAAUCACAGAUAGACCCGCUGAUGGUGUCGGACACACCGAGGACCUGGGUUACGUCUUCCAUUUCGGCUACAACGGGACGGAACAGGAUCGCCGAGUCAGGUCGCAGGUCGUGAGGAUGUGGACCAACUUUGCCAAAGAGGGGAACCCCACACCACGUGAAGACCCUCUUCUGGGCAGCGUGACGUGGCAACCCAACGGUCAAAAUCUAGAAGGCAAUAACGAUCUCGUCUGCUUGGACAUCGAUGCGGAGAUCACGACCGUCGUUAACCCCAACAAGGCCAACAUGGAGUAUUGGUCGUCGUUGUAUUCCAAACACGGGAAGCCACCUUAUGACACCUACUGAGCUGAUUAACGAGGGUGAUGAAUAAUGCAUUGUCAGAACGUGCCAAUAAAUUUUAUUGAUUAACAAGAAAUGUAUCUUUCCUUCAUCUGAUUCAUCGGAAUAACA